AUGUUUCCUAAUCAAGCUAGAUUUAGGCCGGAACUCGGUUGUGCUGACCAGAUAUUCACAUUUAAGAAAGAUGUUAAGGAAGAAGAACAUUGCUUCAAAUAUUUGCAACCCACCGUUACAUGUUUCAUCGACUUUGCGGCUUCCUUUGAUUCAAUUGAUAGAAAGGCGCUUUGGAAGGUGAUGGAAUGUGACGGUGUUCCAGAGAUGAUCAUUCGACUCAUAAAGGCAUUUUAUGAGCAUACGUCGGCGCAGGUCUGUAAAUAUGGGAAAUUGACAGAGACUCCUUUGAAAUAA